UCUAAAUUCUACGUCUCUUCAAUUUUUUCUCAAAGAAAUAUUAUUCUUCCAGUCACUUUUUAUCACUAUGGAAGCAUCAUCUAACAACACCUAAAGCAUUGGGUAUUCUUCUUCAUCAAUAUCGCUCUAAUUGCUUUCAUUCUUGACAACAUCGUCUUUGUCACUUUCGUUCUCGCCACGCUUUCGGUUACACUGUAUUUGCUGCUUUCGUUUUCUCAACGCUUUCGACAACACCGUCUUUGUUGCUUUCAUUCUCUCCACGCUCUCGGUUUUUAGGGGUAGAAGAUGAGUAACAAUGAUCAUGAUAAACCUAACCAAGGUUGUGUGCAUUUGUUGAUACAUUUUGAUGGAGAAGUGAGCAUGCCAAUUUUGAAUGUUGAUCCUGACCGAUACUCUUACUUUGAUUUGGUUGAUGACAUUAACGAGUUGGCUACUGAUGUUCGAUACAAGGAUGCAGGUUUGUCAAUAGCUCUUUCUUUUUCUCAUCCUUGUAGUGAGUCAAGAAAUCCCAUUAAAACCGAUUCAGAUGUUCUUGACAUGUUUAAGCUAAACAACAUGUGUAGUUGUAUCCAUGUGUAUGCUACAUUAUUAAAUCAUGAAGAAACCAAAGCUCUUAGACAGGUUGAUGCAGUUAUUAGUGAGUCUGAUGUUGAAUGGGUUGGUGAUGAAAUUGAACAAAAAGAAAGUGAAGAAACUGAUUCAAGUUUUAGCGACAUAAAUGAAGAAUGGAAAAAUGAAAUCAAUAUUGAUGAGCUUAGUGAUUAUGAAGAAAAACAUGAUAUUAUUGUUACUGAUCAAAACUCAGAUGAGGAUAAGAUGCCAAUUUAUUUUGAUAGAGGUAUGAAAGGAAGAAUAUUUGAAUCUCUUGAUGAUGAAAAAGUUGAACUAGAAUUUGGUUUGUUGUUUGUUGAUGUGAAUGAGUUUAGAACUGCACUUAGAGAUUUUGUUAUACAAGAGGGAUUUGAGAUUAAGAGGAUUAAAAAUGAAAAGUCAAGGGUAACCGCUAUAUGUGCUGCAGAUGGUUGUUGUUGGUGCAUUCAUGCCUCUCCUACACCGGAUGGAAAAACAUUUAAGAUAAAGACAUACAAACCUAUUCAUUCUUGCAUACGAACGUCAAAAAAUUCAAAUGCUACAUCUACUUGGAUUGCAAAGAAGUUAGAAAGCAAGAUAAAAGCUGACCCGAAUAUUAGUUAUGCAAGUAUGAAACAAGAAUUGUUAGAUGGCUAUGGAAUAGAACCGAGCAAUGUAGCUCAACUUUAUCGUGCAAGAAAAAGGGUUAGGCAAGACACUAAAGGGGUUCACGCACUUUCAUACAAUGACUUGCCAGUUUGGGCCAAUCUUGCUUUGGAGAUAAAUCCUGGAUCUAUAAUAAAACUACAAUUGGAACCCAAAAUCAACAAAAACCCAGAGUUUAAAAGGUUUUUUGUUUGCCUAAAUGCAAUGAAAAAUGGUUUUGUGAGAGGUUGCAGACCAUGGUUUGGCAUUGAUGGGUGUCAUCUAAAAGGACCAUACGGGGGAGUCUUACUGUCAGCUGUGGCAGUUGAUGGAAACAAAGGCAUGUUUCCAAUUGCAUUUUCUAUUGUGGAAGUUGAAUGUAAAGACUCUUGGAAGUUUUUUUUGUCUUUAUUGAGUGAUGCUUUAAGAUUUGUUCCUGAAUGGCAAGAUAAACCUGUGACAAUCAUGUCUGAUAUGCAAAAGGGACUGCGAAAUGCGGUUGCAGAAACUUUUCCUUACGCCAAACACCAGUAACAAUUAUCCUUUAUAUUUUAUAUAUUUUAUUUUUAAAUUUUGUACUAAUUAUUCUUUUAUCAUUUUUAUAGGUAUUGUUGUAAUCAUUUGUUAAACAAUUUCAAACUGAAUUUCAAAACAUUGCUUCUUAGUACACAAUUUUGGGUUGUUGCAAUGGCAUAUAAUGAGUUUUUGUUUAACAAAGCCAUGGACAAACUUAGGAAAGUUAGUAAUGAGGCAGCAAAUUGGUUGCUAGAUCCUGAAAGGCCUAAGAGCAUGUGGGCAAGACAUACCAUUGACUCUGAAUGCAAAUCUGAUCACGUAACAAAUAAUAUUUCAGAGUCCUUUAAUAGUUGGUUGGGUGAUGACAGAAAAAAGACAAUUUUGUCAAUGAUUGAGUCAAUGGCUUGUAGGUUGAUGGCUAGAUUUCAAACAAGGUUUGAAAAAGGAUGUGGUUUUGAGAAUAUUAUAACACCUAAGAUUAGAAAGGUGCUUGAUACUACAAUGCAAGAUGGAAGAAUGUGUAAGCUUACAUAUGCCGGUAAUGACGAGUUUCAAGUGAAAGAUGGAUAUACCACCUUCGUGGUGAACUUGAGAUCUAGAACAUGUGGUUGUGAUUAUUGGAGGGUGUCUGGUUUACCAUGUAAACAUGCAUGUGCUUGCAUUUCGUACAAGAGAGAAAAUGUAGAACUAUUUGCUGAUAACGCGUAUACUACAAAAGUCUAUUGUUUAUGUUAUAAAGAGAUUAUACAUCCCAUGCCUGAGUUAGAUAUAAAAAAUAGAGGUAGCUAUGAGAAUAUUGAUCCUCCUGCCUUGAGGAGACUUCCAGGUCGACCAAGAAUUAAUCGAAAGAGAAGUGUUAUCGAAGGUCGAGGUGGUCCUCAAGAUGCAAGAAGAUCAAAUACAAUUAGAUGUGGAAAUUGUAAGGAAUUUGGACACAAUAUAUUGGGCUGUCAAAGAGAUAAAACUAACAAACAG